CGGUGUGUGGUGUGGGCUUUUGGAUGAACGAUUAAGUCAGACAGAACGCCUCUCUGUGAUAAUAUUUCUAAUCUACCGAUGUCUUUGGUGUAGCUGUUACGCUCUUCGCUGUCAAUGCAGAAUCGAUGCUGCUGCAAUCAUCAGAAGCAGGGCCUGUAGCAGUGUUCAAGCUGUAUGGAAGUAUUUGGGUACCCAAGACUGAGCUGUUUUUUUGCCGAACAAAGCGUAUACAGUACGAAUACAUCUGCACUUAAAGACUGCUGUUCAUUGAAAUGAAUAAAUGAAAAACCAGCCCCGAGAAUGCACAUACAGUAGCGGCAACAACAACGACAACAGUGAUACCAAUAUCUUCAAGCACAAUAACAAAGAAAUCAGCACACACACACAAACAAACUCAAACAAACCAAAAACUGAAACACAUGCAUCGGUCACAGCAUAAGGAAGCGAGACGGGAGGGAUAGCGAAGAAAAAACAACUAAAAGUGUAGCAUUUACGGCAGCAUACACUUCAAAAGGGACACCAGAAGUAGCAACAGUAGUUGGUACAACGGCCUCAGCAGCAUUAACAGCAGCAGUAGCGUCAGCAGCGUUAGCAGCAGCAGCAGUAUAGAAGUUUGCUAGCAACUGAAAACUCAGGCAGGGAGAAGAAGAAGAAGAAGAAGAAGAAGAAGAAGAAGAAGAAGAAGAAGAAGAAGAAGAAGAAGAAGAAGAAGAAGAAGAAGAAGAAGAGAAGAACCAGUUGCGCCACCAUCAACGGGGAAACUAUCAGCUCUUUAAUAGCUGCUCUACUCCUCCCCCUCAACUACCAUCACCUCCAUUACCGACACUAACUACAGCAACAGCAACUACAGCAGCAACAACAUCAUCAUGAAGAGGACGGUGUUUAUUGUGAUUGUCCUGGUCACCUUCGGCUACCUCAUCGUGGGCGCGGUCAUUUUCAAGUUCUUGGAGGGAACAAAUGAGAGUGCCAAAAAGAGGAGCUUUGCUGCUGAUCACGAGAAGUUUUUACAGGAACACCAGUGUAUCAACCACGAGGAACUGCACGCGUACGUCUUGCGUGUGCUGGAGACUCACACAGAGGGUGUGCAAGUGACCAACAUCGUGAGCAGGAAUUAUUCUGGGAACGUGAGCAGCAUUGACGACGAGAUUUUCGACACGGGGACCAACUGGGACAUCUCCUCUUCCAUUCUUUUCUGCAUCACCGUCAUCAGUACUAUAGGCAUCAGUGUCCUGGUGUUCAUCCCGUCCUUGGUGUUUACCCUCACACAAGACUGGAGCUACAUGGAGUCCAUCUACUACUCUGUCAUCACUCUCACCACCAUAGGAUUUGGUGACCUGGUUCCAGGUUAUUUCAACAAGCCAGAGCGAGACUCAGCGAAGAAAAACAACGUGUACCGCGUACUGCUGGCUGUCUGGAUUCUCCUCGGCCUCUCCUGGGUGGCUCUGAUCCUGAGUGAGCUGGGCACGUUCAUGCAG